AUGGAAGGUUUAAAUUCAACUUUACUAGACAAAGCACAUCUUAUUGAGUACUGCUAUCCCAACUCAAAUGCCUCUUGCAAAAAAAGUUAUCAUGAUGUUGCAGCAAAAACUGUGUUAUAUUCAUUACUGUUGUUUGCAAUGAUUAUUACAGUUUUGGGAAAUUCUGUGGUCAUCAUCUCUAUAGCUCAUUUUAAACAACUUCACACACCUACGAAUAUUUUAGUGAUGUCUCUGGCUUUGGUGGAUCUGCUUCUGGGAAUUACAGUCAUGCCAUUUAGCAUGAUCAGAUCUGUGGAUGGCUGCUGGUACUUCGGAAAAGAUUUCUGUCUUUUGCAUUCUACUUUUGACAUGUUUCUCACUGGUGCAUCAAUCUUCCAUCUGAUUUUUAUAGCGAUAGAUCGAUAUCAAGCUGUGUGCUAUCCACUUCAGUACCCUACAAGAAUAACUCUUACUUAUGCCUGGUUCAUGGCAGCCCUAAGCUGGACUUUAGCUGCAGCAUAUGGUUUCACGCUCUUGUAUACAAAAGCAAAUUUAACUGAUAUAGAAGACUUCCUUAAAUCUAUUAGUUGCCUGGGAAGCUGUAUACUUUUGCUUAAUGAACUGUGGGCUGCUUUCAGCACAGGUGCAUUUUUUAUGUUACCAGUGUGUGUUAUGAUUUUUCUGUAUGCUCAAAUAUUUUUAGUUUCAGAAAAGCAUGCAAAAAAAAUGCAUGAAACAAAACAAGGCAAAGCUGACGUGGCCUCAAACAAAUUGUCACAAACUGUUAAACAUGAGAAAAAAGCAGCAAAAACUCUUGGAAUAGUUGUAGGGGCAUUCAAUUUAUGCUGGAUGCCAUAUUUCUUUACAUCUGUGGUUGAUCCUUUUUUUGAUUUUACCACUCCUCUAGUUCUUUAUGAAGUGUUUGUCUGGCUUGGUUACAUAAAUUCAACGUUAAACCCCAUCAUAUAUGGCCUUUUUUAUCCAUGGUUCAGGAAAACACUGUAUCUCAUUGUUACACUAAAGAUAUUUGAACCAAACUCAUCUGAUGUAAAAAUCUAUUCAGUUUAA